UCAACUAGCAGAGACAGAGACACAGAACCACACACGAUGGUACGGAGAUAUAGGCAUCGUACGGUUGUAGCGGCGGCGGCGUUGGUGGCAUGCCUGUGCUGCGGAAAGGCUGCUGCAGCAGCAGGCUCCUUCGGGGGCGGCGUUGCCAUGGCGUCGCCAGGCGACCAGGCCCGGCGUAUCAAGGAGGAAGCGACGGCACUGCACAGGGCAGGGCAGUACGAGGAGGCAGCGGAGGAGUUCGCGCGCGCCGCGCAGCUGCUUGAGGAGGCGGGGGUAGGGCUGGCGCCCCCACCUGCUCUGAGCGCGAUACGGUUGUCGUUGGCAGCCUCUCAGCUUAAGAGCGGAGAUCUUCGCGGGGCCGAGGCCACCUGUUCGCAGCUCCUCAAGACUCCCGGCCUGCCUCGCCCCCUGCGCCAAAAAGCCUCCUACAGGCGGGGGAUGUCACGAAAGCGGCAGGCGGAGGCGGCGGGGGCCGGGGCCGCGGGGUCUCGGCUCGCUCAGCGGGCCUACCGUGACGCUUACCUAUCGGUAGAGCUGUCCAACGACGGUGGAGCGGCUGGGCCCGCGGCGGGGGAUGCGAAGGCCUUGGGGCUCAUGGCGGAGAUGGAAGCUGGGGACUGGGGACAAGGUUGGCUAACGGAGGCCGACCGAUCAGCUGCCCGAUCCAAGGCAGACAAACACCUGACGGCUCUCGCCAGCAUGGCACCUCCCGCAAGAAGCACACCAGCUGGAAGCGGCGGACUGUUCGACAUGUUCGGCGGCGGUGGCGGGUCAGGUGCACCUGGAUUCCCAGAUCUAGGCAGCGGAGCAGGGGCGGGAGGCGCUUUGGGGGGAAUGCCGGGGCUGAUGGACAUGAUGGGGGCGGGAACGGGGGGGGUCGGCGGAGGGGCGGAAGAGGGUAUGGGCGGCCUUAUGAGCAUGCUUAUGGGCGGAGGGGGUGCGAAGAGCGGUCUAGGUGGCGGUGCCGAUGGGCCGGAUCCGAAACAGAUGCUCAAGAUGGCCAAGAAGAUGAGUAAGGGGGUGAAGAAGCAGCUUCGGAACCCUGGCACACAGCAGAUGGUGUGCGCGUUCCUCAACCAGGCGAAGCCCGAAACCCUCAUGUCCCUGGCCACCACAGCCGGGUUUCCCGGUGCUAACGAGGCGAUAGUGAACGGGCUCAGCGGUUACCUCCAGAAGGCCGACGGAAAGACCCUCGAGAGCUGGAUCGACUACGGCGAGAUCGCCACUUGCGCAUUCCGACGACUGAAGCAGUUCAGCGUUCUGUGGUCCAGAGGGAUCGCCCUCGCGGGCAUCUGGCUGGUGUGGGUGUGGGUCCGGGCUUGUUUCGCGCCCAUAGUGGUGCAGAAAGCUUGAUCGUGGCGGGCGGGGUUGCUGGGAUUUCGAGGCUUGACUACGAAGUGUGGCGUGGAGUUGCUGGAAUUUGGGCUGGAGCUUCUUCCUCGUCUGGGCGAAGUGGUCUGGGUUUUUUUUUUUUUGCCUCUUGCGCUGAUGAGAACCCGGGUAUUCCUCAUUAAUCGCUGAGGUUUUUGAUUGUGCUGUUGUUCGUUGCCCCUGGUGCCGGCGCGAAGGCCGGUUGUAGAAUGAGGGGGCGGUGACUCGGUUUUUUCGCGACUUGGGGGCGUCCCUUCGUCGUGAAUAAUACAGCAGUGUGAUGCAAAAGAGGGCAUAUGCAUAGUAAUUGUUGGUUCUCUCCUACUCCUGCCCUCGCCUCGAGCUUCUGGGCGUGGAUCCCCACUCACUGCUGUUACAUUGUACCUGUAAGCUGUUACAUCGGAGUCGUUUUCUCGGAGGGCAGUCAGCUUAUUUUUUGUGGUGCCGGUCAUGGCGAACAGCACGUCAACUCGGUGGUUGCACGCGGACUUGUAGGAGCGAGUUAAUUUUAACUUUGUGUUUCACUAUCAAGUUGUUUGGUGUGAAGGUUUCCCUUGUCCUAGUAACGGGAAGAACGU